AUGAUGCAAGAGAGGGCACUCGUUCCAGCCGCUGAACCGGCCAAGCCAUCUCCAGUGCUGGCGCUGGGGAACUUCGGCGGCCGAGCUGCUGGCCAGGGAGCUCCGGGUCAGAAUGACCAGAUCUCCUUGUUUUGCAGGGCCAGCGGGGUGGACCAGCGAGCAGAGAUCAGCUUGCGUGGGCUGCCUGUCCACCUUGCGGCGGAGAUCAUGGCUGGAGGGCCCCUUCUGGGCGUCAACAGCUCAGCUGUCCUGAUGGCCCAAAUUCACAAGGCAGAGGCUCUGAGCCGAACAAAAAAUCUUUCUCUGGGCAACACUGCAGCCGUCCAGGCUGCUCAAGCUGCCGGGGAUUUGGUGUCGGCUUUCAUUGCUCAAUACGGAGUAGACGCUUCUGCGGAAGGUGCUUUGCGAGGUUUGCCUCCUGAUGCGCAGCGCCAGGUUAUUGGCGAGGGUCCGCUCAGAGGGCUGAACGCAUCUGCGCUUCUGAUGAGCCGUAUCAGAAGGGUGCAGGGCAGCCUUGCGGCUGUCACCUCCCAUCCGAUGGGUCCGGGUGGAAUGAACCCCCCCGCUCCAGCCAAGAGUGGUGUGGGCCCGCUGUAG